GUUUCGCUUUCAGAUGUGGAAUGAGGAAGAGGCAAGUCUAAAGUGCGACUCUGCCCAAACGACAGAUGGAGGGAAGAAAGCUCUCUAUUGUGGAGAAUCGAAUGUUGCGAAACUGGUAGCAGCACAUACACACUGGAUGUCCCUGAGUAUGGACACUGACAUGCAAACAGCAUGUUUGGCCAGGAGCUUGUGCUGAAACAGCGGACAGAGAUACUACAUGUACUGUGCAGCAGCGGGUCAGCUGAACGUCUGGAGCAGGUUCUGGAUAUCCUGCUGUCCCAGGGGGAGCUCAUAUGGGAGGACCACCAGAACAUACAGGUUCCUGGUAGGGCACUGUAUACCAAUGCCAGGCACUUGCUUGACCUGGUAUAUACAAAGGGUGCGGAUACCUGUGGGCUCUUUCUUGCUGCUCUCAAACAGAUUCUGCCUGAAGCGCAGAGAGCUGGCCUCUCAUUUUCGGCAUCCUCUUCAAAUGUGGAAGAAAAGGAAAAAUCCCAGAGCACAUCUACUCAGACUCUUCUGACACACCGACCAAGCCUGGUCAGCGAACUGCAAGGCUGCAUUGAUGGUGCUCUCAAAGCUCUUGUCACAUCAGGGUACUUCACCUCAGCUGAUUGUGAUGAAGUACGGCUACCGAUACACACCCCCUCUCAGCAGGCAAGGCGUUUGCUUGACCAUGUCAGAUCAAAAGGAGAAUCUGCGGCGAAGGUUGUACUGGAGUACAUUGAACAAAAGAAGGAGUGUGGAUCUCCAGUAAACCAGGAGAAAUGGACUCCUCCAAAUGAGGUCUUAAAGUAUCAGAAGAAGCUCAGCAGUUCUGUGUCUGCUCAGUCCUGCUUCCUCAGUACUUAUGGAGGGACCAGCCACAUGUCUCUGGAUGACAUCUACACUGAAGGCCAGCUGGAACUUGCUCAUUACAGUGUUGAUGUCCAUGGACCUUUUGGUCUAGAGGACGUAGUUGGUACAGCAGGUACAGUGAAUGAGGAGGCCGACACGGUGCUGGUGUCUGGGGAGGCGGGCAGUGGAAAGAGCACCUUACUCCAGAGGCUGCACUUGCUUUGGGCUCGGGGGGCAGCUCUACAGGACUUUCUCCUUCUGUUUCCAUUCAGCUGUCGCAGGCUGAACUCAGAGAAAAAUGACCUGUCUGUCCAAGAAUUGUUGUUUCAGCACUGCUGCUGGCCAGACAGGGAGCAGGAGGAGAUUUUCCAGUUUAUCCUGGACCACCCACAUCUCGCCCUCUUCACUUUUGAUGGCCUAGAUGAGCUCAAGCAGAGCUUCUCAGAUGAGCAGAGGCUCUGCUGCCCCACACAGCGUGCACCUGUUCACGUACUACUGUUCAACUUAAUCCAGGGUUCGCUAAUGAAGGGAGUUCGGAAAGUGGUAACUAGUCGACCAGAGGCAGUGGGACCUGUGUUGAAGAAACACCUUCGCAAAGAAGUCCUCCUUAAAGGCUUUUCCCCAAGUGGGAUUGACUGUUUUGUUAGGAAGCAUCACAGUGACUCCACAGUGGCAGCUAAGGUUUUGGAGUCUCUACAGACAAACACAGCGUUACUUGGACUGUGUCAUAGUCCAGUCCUCUGCUGGAUUGUCUCACAGUGCCACAAGGAGCUGCUAGGCUGUGGAGAGGGUAGCCCACAAACAAUCACAGAUGUUUAUCUCAUGAUCUUACAAAACUUUUUCCAGCACCAAAGCUCCUUGAAGAACACCACAGGGUUAGGUUGGCUUCAGGAGCAUCUGACCACAGUGUUGCAUCUAGGGCAGCUUGCUUUUGAGGGGAUAGGAAGUAGCUGUUACAUCUUCUCAGGCACAGACCUGGAGACAUGUGGUGUAACGGAGAAGGAUAUUUGCAUGGGCUUUCUCAUACAGAGCAAACAUAUGUCUUCCACACACAGUAAACGCUAUGAAUUCCUCCACAUGACCAUGCAAUGUUUCUUUGCUGCUCUGUACAUUGUUUUGUCAAAUAACACAGACCGUUUAGCCAUCCCUAAACUCUUUGAGCUCCAAAACAUGAAGGAAACAAGUCUGAGCAGCAUAUGCUUCAUGGCCUGCUUGCCUUCUACUGACCCACAAGAGCGAACUUCAGAGGGAGAAGCUACAGCAGCUGAAACACCAAAUCUGCAAAUUACAGCCACCUUUGUGUCUGGACUACUGUCACAGCGCCAUCGAAGCCUGUGGCGCCAUUGCUGCCCCAAUGCUGUGUUGGAGAAGAGGGUGAGACAGGUGACGAGAUGCCUGUCCAGAGGUAUGCAGAAACACUUUAAAUCCAUCCCUCAAGCUGUAGAGGGGGAGAAGAAGAGCAUGCAUGCAAUGCCAGGCUUCGUCUGGCUUAUCAAAUGCAUCUAUGAGAUGCAGGAGAGCAGGAUUGCUAAAGAUGCCAUGAGUAAGCUGGAAGUGGACCACCUGAAACUGACCUACUGUAACAUCGGUCCUGUGGAGUGCACGGCACUAGCCUAUGUGCUCCAGCAUUUAAGGAAUCCUGUAGGUCUCCAGCUGGACUUCAACUCUGUCGGCGAUGUUGGAGUGGAACAGCUUCUUUCCUGCAUGCAUAUUUGUAAUUCCCUGCACCUCAGAAAUAAUAACAUUACAGAUGAGGGGAUCCGCAAACUGCUUGCUAAAGGUAUCCAGUGUGACAACUUCCAGAAAAUUGCGCUCUUCAACAACAAGCUAACUGAUGCUUGUACACAGCACUUUUCUCAUCUUCUGAAGACCAAGCAGGAUUUUCUUGCUCUGAGGCUAGGCAACAAUAAUAUAACAGAAGAAGGAGCAAAGCAACUGGCUGAGGGCCUGAAACUCAACCAUUCACUGCAGUAUUUAGGGCUUUGGGGCAACAAGAUAGGUGAUGCAGGAGCGGAGGCCCUUGCCAGUGCCCUAGAGAACAGCAAAAGUCUGGUGUGGCUCAGCUUGGUAGGCAAUGGUGUAGGGAGUGCAGGAGCGUGUGCCCUCGCCAACAUUAUCAAGAACAGUACAUCACUAGAGGAGCUCUGGUUGACAGAGAACUGCAUAACCAGAACUGGGGUGGAAUGUCUGAUUGAAGCCCUAGAGCAUAACACUCAUGUGAAAUCAGUAUGGUUGAAAAACAAUGACCUCAGUGUGGAGGAGGUAGCAGAGAUGACACAGCGGGAGUCAAGACUAACCUUCUGAUUUUCUGUAAAGUUGGCCAAGGACUGUACAUUGCUUCAAGAGUGUUUUCUAUUUAUUGAACUAAAUGUUUCAUAUCAAAAUGUGAGAUGUGAAAACAUGUUGCAAAAAUGAAAAUCUUUUUCUCCUUAGAAGAUCAAAAUGUCACUUUUCGGGGUUUAUCCAAAUACACAAAACAUAUAAAAUACUUUCACAUGUAACAGAGUAUUUCUGCGCUGUGGUAUGGCACUUACACAGGAGUAACAAUUCAGAAAACUUCUCACUGACUACUGUUACCGCUACUACUAAUAAUAAAAUUAGGACCUCACACAA